UACUAAAUUAGAAUAUUUUUUUCUCUCUGUAGAUAUUACUUAAGCUUCAGAAAUGUCUUCUGAACCCACACCUACAGCUCCGGAGAAGUCCCCCGCCUCUCCACCGUCUCCAGGCUCUCUUCGUAUUCCUGAACACCGCAGAACGAGGGACCGCUCUCCAUCUCCCAUGCGAGGUUACCUUAUUCCCAGUCCUCUUCCAACCCGACGGACCAGGACAUUUUCAGCCACUGUGAGGGCCUCUGAAGGUCCCAUCUAUAAAGGAGUCUGCAAAUGCUUCUGUCGUUCCAAAGGCCAUGGCUUCCUUACUCCUGCAGAUGGAGGGCCAGACAUCUUUGUACACAUUUCUGACAUCGAGGGAGAAUAUGUUCCAGUGUCAGGAGAUGAAGUCACCUACAAGCUGUGCUCUAUUCCACCUAAGAAUGAGAAACUGCAGGCUGUAGAAGUGGUUAUUACCCAUCUUGCACCUGGCACAAAACAUGAGACCUGGUCAGGACAUGUCAUUAGCUCCUAAGGUAUCCAGCAUGACACUUUAUCAUUAAGGACACUGUGUGGUAUUGCUCAAAAACUGCCUAUCCAAUGACUCUGAGAUAUGAAUAAUACACAUACACAGUAGAGAGGUAUAUAUUAGAAUGUUAAGAAAGUAUAAGUUGGCCAAAAAACCUGCCUUGUUUUACAGUGGGCAUGACAUGUACUGAUAAGAAAAAAAAAUAUGUUACCUAAGGGAAGUGUCCAAGUUCAUUUUUAAAAGCAAGAAUACUUUUCUGCCUUUUUUUAAAGUAUGACCUGAAAUGCUCAAAGACGCUAGCUAGAAAUUCCAAGUACACCACUCAGUGUGGGUAGCCUUCCUGUCACAACAGCAGUAACGAGAAACAUGGCUUAGAAGCCCAAUUUUUAUCAGGACCCUUGAGCUAAAUUUCUGUAAGCGUGCAGCAUCUCCAGGCUUGCUGCUAACAGUUGAUUUACUUGUGAGGGAGUGAGAGCGAGUGACACACACAUUCAUUACUGAAAUUCUCUUGGUCACACAUGAUAGCUCACCACUUCAGUAACAUCUUAGAAAGUCUUAAUCUGGUGCUUUAUCAGGUGACAGUUUUGCCAGUAACUACUGCCUACCCUUCGGGUGGAACUGUUGCAGGUUAAAUAGCUGCACAGGUGUGGAGCAUAUCACAUUUAAAGCUGCUUGUGAAUUUACUUUGGGUGCCUUUGUGGUGGAUUAAUGCCAGAUGAGCAGUCUUAGGUUGCUUCACGCUAUGAAGUGGAAAGCAGCAGGGAUGGGAAUGUCUAAAUUAAGCGAAAUCUGAAAACUGCUAUUUUAAGGGUUUUUUUGGUUUAUCAGUAGUGGGUAGUUUGGGCAGAGGAAUGAACACACACAGCUCCCUUCUGAAAAGCGGACUCUACAAUGGUUGAAUCAUUCUCUGUAAAAGGCUGUUAGCAGUUUGAUUGUUUUAGUGGAUUCUGCAGCUGUGUUGUCCUACAAAGCUUGUUUGAUAGUGUACAGUGCUACCACCAACUAGAAUCUCAUCUCUUUUGCAUUGUGCAGGAAAGCAUGAAGCAAAGCAUUGUAAAUUAUACUGAGUUCUGCAGCAGUUCUGUGCAGCUUCCCUUCCAAAGUUUUCUAAAUGAAGCGUUUUUCUCAUGUAUUCCUAAGACCUAAUUAGAUCUUUGAUCACUUUGCAAAAAUUAAACUUUUUUUUUUUUUGGUGAAAUUCUCUAACUUUCUGUAUGUAUUCACUGUAGUUGCAUAACAGUCAGCAUUUGUGCUGCCAGGGAACAUAUUCAAUCUGUUUUGUGUUGAAGUGUGAACUAGCCCAAGUAAUUCUGAUGUACAUGCAGACAUUUGAGACCAGAAACGUAAAGGGCAAUAGUGACUGUGAUGUUUUGUUUUACUUUUUCGGUGUUGUACUGAAUAGCCUGUAUGAAUUGUUUUGAGCUUUUUGGCUUAAGGCUUAAGUCUUGUAUGAGUAGCAGUGAGGUGUACACUAUGUAGCCUCUAGCUUAACAGAUACUGUUUCUUUCAAAUAAAAGCAUAUUUCAUAUCUAAAGACAGUUGUCUUCA